AUGCGCCAGACGCUGCCCUACAACCCACGACAGCGCUUGACUCCCGCAGGCUCCGUCCUCGCUCCCAUGACACAGGAUGAAAUACAGCUCUACAAAAAUUACCGCGGUAUCGGUACCCAACGUCUCAUAAACAAACGCAAGAGAGUACAAAGUAGAGAACCCGACGACUAUCAAGAACGUCCAGCCAAGAGACACGCUGGCGACGUCGAAAUGGUCGUUGAUCACUACAAUUUGCGUCCAGAAGUAGGCGUAAAACAGCGCAAAGAGUCUCCUAUCAUCGGCCUCAAGAAUUUCAACAACUGGGUGAAAUCGGUCCUGAUUACGCAAUUCGGGCAUCCAGCCCUCGCCUCUAGUUCAUCCAAAAAACGCGGAAAAGUCCUCGAUAUGGGCUGCGGCAAAGGUGGUGACCUCAUCAAAUGGGGGAAGGCUCGAAUUCGAGAGAUGUUGGCUGUUGACAUCGCACACGUGUCUGUUGAGCAGGCUCGACACCGGUGGGCCACUAUGCGUCCACGGCGUUUUGACGCCUCGUUCGCUGCGUUGGAUUGCUAUACAGAACCACUUACAAAGGUCUUUACGCCCGAGCAGCUCGCACAGCCAUUCGACGUUGUAUCCAUGCAGUUCUGCAUGCAUUAUGCGUUUGAAACGGCCCAAAAAGCUCGAUGCAUGCUCGAGAACGUCAGCGAAUGGUUAAGACCAGGAGGGAUAUUUCUCGGGACGGUUCCAAACGCCGACCAGCUCCUCGCGCGACUGGACCAACUACCAGCUGACUCUGAAGAUCUUUCAUUUGGAAAUUCGGUGUACAAGAUCCGGUUUGAAGAACGCACCUCUCGCCCGCUAUUUGGCCACCGAUACUACUUUUAUCUCCGUGACGCUGUUGAUAACGUACCAGAGUACAUUGUUGAAUGGGAUAAUUUUGUUCAGAUGGCCGCGCAGUACGGACUUCACCCCGUAUUCAAGAAGGAGUUCCAUGAAGUGUUUGAAGAAAACAGGGAGCAUGAGGAUUUCAAGCAGCUGAUGGUCCGCAUGAAUGUAUGCGACGCGACCGGCGCCAGCUCGAUGGAGGAUGAAGAGUGGGAGGCAGUCAACAUUUAUAUCGCAUUUGCCUUUGAGAAGAGGUGA